CCCUUCUCCUUCUUCCUCUCUUCUUCUUCUUCUUCUUCUUCCUCAGUUUGCCCUUUCCUUCUCGAAAUUCUUUCCUUCUUCUUCUCAAUUCAGUUGCAGCUUGCUACUCAGAAAUUGACAAGAAGAUCCAGUCUCAAUCUCAGGGCAUCAGAGCGGCAACCAUGGCGACGGCGACGAGAAUGGUACAAAUUGAGACACGAUUUAUUUCUGUCAACAAUAGGGCGUAAGUGAUGGAAACGCGAUUUCAGGAUCUCAGCGAUCACAUCUCCGCCGUGGGGGUACAGAUGACAGUGGCCGGAGAACAAUUUGUUUCUCGACAGAGGCCAAGUCAUGCUUCGUUGUUUCUGCGAUGGGGAAGCCGCUAAAUGGCUGUAACCUUGCUCGUCCCACCUUGGACGAAAUGCGGAGAUGGAGGGUGAUCAAGCCACUGUUCCCAACCAUUCACACAGCGAUUGUGGAUUCCUUGGAAAAUCGUCUCCUCCACAAGAUCUCUGAUCACGAGAGGAGUGGUUCUGAAGGUGGAGUGCUGCCUGCCUUGGUUUGGGGUGAUUUCACGGCUGCUCUAUGUGGACGUUUUGGGUGGUACAUAGACCCCGCUGAUCAAACUGCAGCUACUGGGAUGGAGCACUACAAGGCAUCGAUGGAAGAUCACGCUCCCGUUUCUAUCAUUGGAACUGUGGAGAACGAUCUCAGCUCUGCAAUAACUGAAAAAACAACAACUCAACGAAUUUGGAGAAGAAUUCAAGGGCUGAAGCUCAGAUAUGCUCACAGAUACUGGAGACAGACAGAAAACACGAUUGCCUCUCUAGAAUUGGGCAGGUCAACACUUACCGACGAGACAUGGGAGGUUAUACAGCAAGAAAGGCCUGCUUGGCUGCCAAAUUCAGAACUCGGGCAACAAGAGUACUGCUUCAAUGUCACAAAACUGGGCAGGACGAUAGGAAGCAUGUGAUGGAUACCGAUGAUCAGGAGGAAGUUACGGCCAAGUUGAAGUUUGGCAAAAUGCAACACAGAUGAAAAGCAAACUUCUUCUGGGCAAUGCUAAGAUGGAGUGUAUUAAGCAAACAACUUGCCGAGUGAAUGAAAGUAAGCUUGAGCUAAUGAAAAUUGAUGUGCAAAGCCUUGGUGAUGAGUUGGAGUCAUUUUUGUCUGAUAAAGCAGGAGAAUUGGGAGUAUUGGCAGUCACUGGUACAGCAGAUUAUGAAACUUAAGGAUGUUUUUCAAAGCCUGGUUACUGAUUGCCUUACUCAAUUCAGUAGGGAAUUGGUAAUGCCACAAAGUUUGAUGCGACUUCUAUUGAAGCAAUUUGUGGUCUUCUAUGUGUUCGACAGAGGUAAAAGGUUCAGUGUAUUCUUGACUGAAGCAUAUCAAAAUCAAGAGAUUGUUGACAAGUGCUCAUUGGUCCUUUGGAAGGAAGAGUUUGUAAGUAUUGUUGGUUACAGAGGAAAGAAGAGCAACAUCCGUACUUAUAGUGAUUCAUCAGAUAUAGAAACUACUGAAACAAUUGAAAGCGACUCUGAUAACACAAACAUCGGAGUAGGGAUUGGAAAGCUUCAUCAUCUUGACUUCAAGGUUGAGGCUUAUUACUUGAAAUUUUUAAAUUGAAAUUUUACUUUUUAGAAGACCGCGUUUUUUAUCCGCCAAAAAUUUUGCUCCCUCUUUUCAACAAGAGUCGUCCCACUCCCACCACGGAAACAUUAGCUUCUUCUCAUGUAGCUAUGAACCUCGGUACUUCCACGUUGUUCGGCAGCCAUGAGAGUUGCUGCUGCCAUUGGUUAGAGUGACAUGACUGCUCUAACCCUGAGAUCUUCGAAGUUCCUCCCGCUGGAAGGUAUGCAAACAUAGAGGAUGUGAAGUACAGAGAUUCUGUUUUGUUUCCUGGAUGAUCAGAUAGAUCUUCUAAGCUGAGAUCCUCUGAGAAAUCAAGAACUUAGACCUUCUGCUGCAUAAUCUGUGUUCUAAGAGAUGCCGUGAGCUAGAAGUCAUCGUCAUUGAGACUGCAAGCCGACAGGUGAAACACCAAUGGAAGGCUUGGGCAGUGUAGAAGACACAAAAAUAGAAGAGGAAUAAGAAGGAAGAGAAGGAUUGGGAAUGGAAUAAGAAGCCUGGUCAGCAUUAGAGGAGGAGGAGGUGGAAGAUUUUGCACGCUGAACUAUAGGAGGGAUUGGAAGAAGGUGAGGUGUAAUGAGAUCAGGUAGAGGGGAGUGAGAAAGAAGGUUUGGUUGAGUAGUAGAUGCAGAAGGGGAACUUGUAGUGGUGACAUGAUCAGCAAGAAAGGAAGAAGAAAGUGGAGUAGUUUGAAAGGGUAAGAUGGUUUCAUAGAAAGUCACAUCUCUGGAUACAAGAAGGAAUGUGAAUUAAUGUCAAAGAGUUUGUAACCUUUGAUUCUAGAGGGGAAUCCAAGGAAAAUACACUACCUGGCCCUAGGAUCAAACUUGGUUCUAUCUCUGUCUAGAGUAGAAGCAUAGCAAAGGGAUCCAAAAACCUUCAGAUUAGUGAGUGCAGGAGGCUUCUUUUAGAGAAGCUCAUAUGGUGACUUAUUAUCAAGAACAGAGCUAGGUAGUCUAUUGAUAAGUUAGACAGCAUGAAGUACACAAUCACUCCAGAAUCUGAGUGGUAUGCCGGAUUGAAAACGAAGUGAUCUAGCAACAUUGAGUAUAUGUUGAUAUUUUCUUUCAACUCUGGCAUUCUGUUAUGGAGUUCCAACACAAGAUUGCUGGUGUAUGAUUCCUUUUUCAGUAUAGAAAUCUGCUAAGUGAAACUCAGAGCCCUGGUAACUUCUGACAACCUUAACAGAUUUGGAAAACUGUCUUUCAACCAUAGUGCAGAAGCUUUGUAACAGAUAACUAGCUUCCGACUUAAAUUUCAUGAGAAAUACCCACACUACUCUUGUAAAGUCAUCAACAAUUGUCAGAAAAUAAGCAUAGCCUUCAUGAGACUUAACUGCCAAAGGACCCCAAAUGUCUACAUGGACCAAAUCAAAAGCAUCAGGUGCUCUACUACUACUGACAGGAAAUGGAAGUCGUUUAUGUUUAGCAAAGUGACAAGUAGAACAAUGAGAAACUACAUCUCUAUCACUAGCUAACAACUGCUUCUCUUUGUCUUUGCUGGGAUGUCCUAGUCUCCGUGCCAUAGCUGGAUAUUUUGAGGUAGAAAAUUGUAAGAAGUGGUUGCUUGAGGUGUGGGAAGAAGGGAUGCGUUGGUCUUGGUAUGAAGUUGAUAUAAUCCAUUACUCUAUCUUGCCAAACCAGUCCUUUUCAGGGUCACCAGGUCUUGAAUUUGACAAGAAUCAGAUUCAAAAUAUAAGGAUACUGGUUGGUCAUGUGUUAAUUUGCUGACUGGGAUAAGGUUAAAUGUGAAGCUGGACACUAGGGGAACAUUGUCUAGAGACAUAUCAGGAGAUAGUUUAACUUUGCCUACAUGACUAACCAUGACUUGUGUGCCAUUUGGCAAGUAAACAAAUUGAUCACUGACUGGAAUGGACUCAUAGAAUAAUCCAAGGUUGCAGGCAAUAUGAUCAGAUGCCCCAGUAUCAAGGAUCCAGGAAUGAGAAAGAGAGUCUGUCUUAUGUUGCAUGAAGGAAGACAAGAUGAACCUACCAGCAUAUGAAGGAAAUUGAGAAACAUUGUGAGCCACAGAAAAAGCCAAGUGAUUGACAGAAGGUGAAGCUGGAGGAGAAGGACUAGGAGAUGGCACAGUCUGCAGUAGAUAUCUGAGCUUAUUCAUCUCCUGUGGAAAAACUGAAACUCUCCUUUGAAGCGACACUUCGAGUAUCACAACUCAUUUUGGAGUCCGAGCUUGUAUAAUCACUCUCAGUAGAAGAUUCUCCAUGAGUAACAGCUGCAGCUACUCCCCCAGCCA